AUGAAGAUUAUGCCCUUCAAGACCGAAUCUGAGAGAGAUGUUUGGAAAAGCAACAAAUGUUUUGAGUCAUCAAAAUUAAGAAAGGAUUCUUUAAAAGGUUUGAAGAAUAUUGAAGUUAUCACAUCCCCACCUGAUGAGCAAUCUACAGCUGUUGGAAGGUCCACAAAAUUGUAUUUUGCAUCUUCAUCGAUGUUUUCUGGACGAACUUCGAGAGAUCUAAGUUGUUGUUCUUUAAAUAGGAGGAAUUAUGGUGACAUGGAAGAAGAAGAAUCAACUUAUAAGUAA